AUGCACUGCAGUUUAAGGACUGAUGCUCUUGAACAGGGUCUCUUAACCUUCUUCUGUGCUGUGGCCCCUUUUGACAGUCUGGCAGAGACAUUUGUUUGGGUUAACAGUGCAUCAGCACAUUCCCAGAGUGUUGCCAAGGCCAAAUAUGAAUUUUUAUUUGGCAGAUCUGAAGAGAAAACUCCAGAUACUAGUGAUCAUGGAGGAAGCACUUUACUCCCCACGAAUGUCACAAAUGAAUUUCCAGAAUAUGGGACCAUGGAGGAAAGUGGAGAAGGCCUAAGAGCCUCUCUCGAGUUUGAUGCCGAGUCUCUGCCGUGCUGCCCUCAGGUGCAGCAGAGGGUCCAGUCUCUUGCUGGCCAUCCCUCUGGGCUUCUCAGUGUUACCGGAGGACCAAAAGAUGUCAGAGAGGUCCCCUCUCAGAGUCAUGUCAAGGAACAGAGUUUACAACCCAUUGACUCUUUGAUUUCAGCUCUGAAAGCCACAGAAGCCAGAAUAGUUUCAGGAACAUUGCAGGCUACAAAGGUACUGGAUGGAGAUGCGGUUUCUACUUUUUUAGUUCAGCAGGUGGAACAAGAGCCAGACCCUGCCAGUCAUAAAACACAGAGAGCCAACACACUGUUCCCUGCUGGCCGAGAAAAGUCACCCGAUAUACCUCUUUCAGCUGAAGUUACGGCUGAGGAAAGUUUUUAUUUGAGCAUCCAGGAGGACCUGACUGCACUAUUAACUGGAGAAACUCAAGCAGAGCUUUCCCUAAGAGCUAAUAAUGGGAGAAAGGGGGCUGUCCAUGUGCAGGAGCCAGCUUGUCCAGCAUCCUCCGUGGGGAGCCCCGUGACCCACAGCUCAGUGGGAAGUGCUGGUUUAUUGAGAGAGAGGAGAUCUGAUCAGGGGAGAGAGCACCCAGAGCAAUGUGGUCGAGGCAGCUCCUCAGGACGCUCAGGCCAGGUCAAACAUGUGGAAUUUCAAGGGGUGGAAAUAUUGUGGACAGGAGGGGAGAAAAGAGAGACAUGGCAACCUGUGGAUUUUCAGACAUCAUUGGAAAGGACAACCCCUCCUGAAAGCAAAGAGUUUUCUAAAGUGCCAAGCGAUCUCGUCUCAUCUGCUGGUUUGUGUGAUUCAGCUGGUUUAAUUGAGAGUGUUUGGGAUGACACCUGGAGAGCUCCUUCAGAGAGGCUGGCCACUGGCUCAGGGCCAUUUCUGCCUGAGCCUCUUCUUGAGAGUGGAGAGGAUGAAGUCUUCCUAAGGGAAAACAAGGAACAUCUUGAGACGAAAGCUGAAUUGGAGAGAGACAGGGAAAGGAUUCUUGAGCAAGAGGAGCACUUUCGGGCCAGAGAUGAUGAUAUCCUUGGGUCUGGUUGUGCAGAGGACUCCACUGAUGUGUACAGCUCCCAGUUUGAAACCAUUUUGGACAACACUUCUUUAUACUACAGUGCUGAGUCCUUGGAGACUUUAUAUUCAGAGCCUGAUAGCUAUUUUAGCUUUGAAGUGCCCCUCACUCCAAUGAUACAACAGCGCAUCAAAGAAGGCGGUCAGUUCCUGGAGAGGACAUCAAUGGGAGGACAGCAGGACAUCCUGAGCAUCUCUGCAGAUGGUGGAAUAGUGAUGGGCUAUUCUGGUGGUAUCACCAAUGGGCUGAGUGGCUCCAGUAACUCCACCUACGCGAAAGGCACCCCAGAGAUUGCUUUCUGGGGAAGCAAUGCUGCGGUGAAAACAACACUGCUAGAGGCUCAUUCUGAAAUGGGGAGUACUGAAAUUCUGGAAAAGGAAACCUCAGGAAGUCUCAGUAAUGGUACCAGCAGCAACGUAGAAGCAGCCAAAAGGUUGGCCAAACGUCUUUAUCAACUAGACAGAUUCAAAAGAUCGGAUGUGGCAAAGCACCUAGGCAAGAACAAUGAAUUUAGCAAACUAGUUGCGGAAGAAUAUUUGAAGUUUUUUGAUUUUACAGGAAUGACACUGGAUCAGUCUCUCAGGUAUUUCUUUAAAGCAUUUUCUCUUGUGGGAGAAACACAAGAACGAGAGAGAGUUUUAGUACACUUCUCCAAUAGAUAUUUUUAUUGUAACCCAGAUAUCAUUGCUUCACAAGAUGGAGUCCAUUGCCUCACCUGUGCAAUGAUGCUUCUUAAUACAGAUCUCCAUGGCCAUAAUAUUGGAAAGAAGAUGACCUGCCAAGAGUUCAUUGCAAACCUCCAAGGGGUAGAUGAGGGUGGUGAUUUCUCCAAGGAUCUACUGAAAAAACACCAGGAAACACCUCGCAAGGAGAUAUCUCUGGAUGGUGCAGUGCACUGUGCCCCUGACCAGUGGAGGCACCUUCUCCUGUGGGUCCUCAGCACCUCACCAGACCACCUGUGCGUCCCCUCUGCACCUAAUGAGACGAGACCACCAUUACGGAGGGCAGACUUAGUAGAUUUGCCAUAUAUGGCAAAAGUCAGAAGCUGGAUCAAGGUGAAAUCUGAGAUGACUUCGUUGGCAUCAGCUCUCCUUUGCUGCUCGGGUUUAGCUGCCAUGUGGAAAUUGGCGGCAUUUGGCACCUCGAGGGUCAUGGACAGUUAG